ACUAUUCGCCAAUAUGGCACUGAGACGUAUGACAACCGCUACGCGACUAAACAAUUAGGAAAUAAAUAACUCCUGGAACUAUUUUAUCAGUCUUUUUGUUGAGUACAAUGUCCACGCCGGGCCGCGGUCGUGGAUACACUGGGCGGCAUCAUCUACGAGACCCGAGGCCGGGGGACGACCAGGCGGAGUUGGAAGCCGCCAGAACACUAGCUGAACUGUCACCUAGAGCUACAGAGCCGCGAGAGGUGAAGGCCGACAAAUUAAAAGAAGUUGAAUCAGAAAAGGAGGAUAUAAGCAAAGAGAUGUAUCAAGUAGCGCCUGACGAUGAAACCGCCUUGAAGGAAUUGUUGGCAGUCGAUGAACAGCACAAACCAUUAUUGGUGCUGCUAGAACAGUUUUCGCUGGGCGAAGACGGCAUACAGUUUAAUCGUAAAUUGAGACACUUCGAAUCAACUGUCACAAGCAUGUGUCCUGAUGAAGCGAGAUUGCAGCAAGCGUUCGCGUCGCUUCGUGCCGCUGCGUUAAUGAAUUCUAGCACAGCUCGUAAGCUAGCGGCUGUGGGGGCCUCGUUCACUAGGCAACAGAGGCAACAGUUACUCAGAGGAGCCCUCCUAAACGUGGUUAUGCAGGGGACCUUUUCCAAAUUGGAAGUUUUAGAGAGAGCGAACCCACAGUUUCUCAUAAACGCAGCCAACCUAAUGGGUGAUUAUUUUGCAGAAGCUCGUCUGUGUAACGGUAACAAAGUUCACAUUUUGGCUGCCCCGCUGCUGCAAUAUAUGAGGGCGUUAUUAGCUUCAGAUGAUAUCAGAGCACAUAGGAGUUUAGCUACACAGUUAAUGCAAAAUGGCAGAGAACUACUAUCACAACAUACCUCGCAAGAGCUAGAUGAUCUGUCCAUCUCUAUCCGUCUCAGACUUCUCUCACCUCCACCAGUCAGCAUAAUAUGGCUACUGUUAUCUUCAGAUCUGUGCCUCAACAAGUUUUUACCACUCCCAAAUACUCUACAACAAUUCUACGCUUCCCACUUAGAAUUGACCCCGGAUGAAAACUAUAGUGAAGUCAGCUACGGUUCAUGGAAGAAGAGUCCAGAGAAAGAAGAUUUCCGGUCAGAUGUCAGUUCAGACAGUGCAGAAAAAGUCAGUCACAAUUUAUCUCAAAUCAGUUUAAACCCAGACGAGGUUGAUACUAAACCAAAACUUAGACCCAUUUUGGGAGCGGGAGCUGGAUUGUUAAGACAAGAACAAGCUCUGAACAGUCAAGAUAGUUUCGAAACUUGGUCUGCAUCAGCUAAAACCAGUCUGAGCAAACGGUACGAUUUAAACUCAUGGAGACAAGCAGACGAUGAGAAAGACGAGGAACCUGUUUUCAAUCCAUCUGUGAUGCCUCCAAAUGUGCAAAGUUUUCCCGUGACAGUGCCUGAUUACCCACCUCCAAAUACGAGGUUCAAUUACCAAGAGAACGCUGUUAAUUAUUUACAACAAGGCGAUGGCACUUACAUACAGAAUCAGUAUCCGCCAAACACUAAUUUCAAUCAACAAGGCGAUACGUUUCAAUUCCAACAGACAGAAAGGCAACCAGAGAGAGUGAAUAACGAGAUUCAGAAGAACGCACAGAACAGAAAACCCGUAGAAAACUGGAGAAGGGAGAAGAGUGAUCUCAAAGAGGAUCCGAACAAGAAUAGACAACGGAACUGGACCAGACAACGGUCCAGAGAUAAUAUAGAGGAUGAUGAGGAUAAGAAAGAGGGAGAGAAGUUCCGUUCAUCGUCUAGGAAUUCGAGGGAAACUAGACCAGCUAACAGAACUAAUAGAAGGAACAGCGGUGAGAAUGGAGAAUCAAACUCGAAUUCUGGUAAGACACCUCCACGGAGGCAUGUAUCUGAUGUUCCAAGGAACCAUAAAUAUUGGGACCACGAUGACAGAUGUGACAAGGAUUACAAUAGUUAG